AUGACAAUCAACCAUACCGUCAUUCAAUGCAGCAACGGCGGAGAUUCGCCCGGCCUCCUCCGCAUGCACAGCAACCAGUCCUCGGACCACAUCGCCACAAGAGACAACAUCGCGGAGCUUCUCAAGAAUGAUGUCAAAGUCAAAGUGGCCGGGGUAGAUUGCGACGGCCUGCUCCGCGGCAAGAUGAUGGCCAAGUCCAAGUUCCUCGCGAGCGUCGACGGCGGAUUUGCUAUGAGCUCUGCCAUCUUUGGCUGGGACAUGCACGACCUCCUCCAUGUCACGGAGACCAGCAUCACGACUUCUAGCGAAGGGUACGCAGACUUUCUUGCGACGCCCGACCUGACCACGUUCCGAAGACUGCCGUUCGAAGACAACAUUCCGUUUUUCCUGGUUACUUUCUCCGCGCAGGGCAGGCCAGUCUCCGCCUGUGGCAGAAGCUUGCUCGGGUCCAUAUGUGAAAAGCUGUUGGACUCUCGUGGCUACACCGCGUUGGCGGGAGUCGAGCUCGAGUUUAUGAACUUCCAAACCCCCUCGGAGGACGGCUACCAAGACCACUCCGCGCGACGAAACCUCGCCGGAUACCUAUCUCGCCACAGUGCAAAGAACUUGCGGCCCCUUACAGCCGGCAUGUUUGGCUACAGCGCCACCAGACCCGUGGCAUACAAGGAGUAUUUCCACCAGCUCUUCGAUGCAGCCGAAAAGCUUAGCUGCAACAUCGAAAGCUACCACACCGAAAGCGGGCCUGGCGUUUUGGAGGUGGCUUUGCAGGUUUCCCCUGCCAAGGAGAUGGCGGAUAAGGUAACGAUGUUCAAGUUCCUGGCCAAAGCAACUGGCAUCGAACACGAUGUGACACCGUGUUUCAUGGCCAAGCCAGUGUACGGUCUGCCGGGAAACUCGGGUCACAUCCACCUGUCCCUUGUUGACGCCGAUGGGAAAAACGUGUUCGCCCGAGACGACUUGGAUACAGAUGCGCCGUGGCCCGAUGUGGCAUCCCUAUCGGAUCUCGGGCGUCAUUUCCUAGCCGGGAUCCUCGACGGUCUCGAGGACGUCAUGGUUCUCUUCGCCCCGACAAUCAACUCGUACAAGCGGCUCGUCGAGAACCACUGGGCCCCCGUCAACGUCAGCUGGGGCCUCGAGCACCGUCUCUCGUCCGUCCGCCUCGUCUCGCCGCCCACGUGCAAGCCCUCGGCGACGCGGUUCGAAGUCCGCCUGCCAGGCGCCGAUCUCCACCCGCACUACGCCCUGGCCGCCAUUCUCGGUCUCGGGUGGCGCGGGGUCGAGAAGAAGCUGGGGAUCAAGGUGCCCCCCUCGGGGUCGCGACCGUCGCAUGAUGCGGCGACGCCGCUGCCGAACACGCUUGAGCGAGCGCUCGCUCGGUUCCGCGCGCCCGGCAGUGUUUCGCGUGAGAUCUUCCCUGGCGAGUUUGUGGACUUCUUUGCCGCCACGAGGGAACACGAGAUUCAACUCUACAGAGAGGCGGUCACCGAUUGGGAGUUCAACAGAUAUAUCGAGACCGUUUAAGAGACUUUUGGGAACACAUCUGGUGCUUGGCCAGGAGGCGUCCAGACACACUGAGGGUCAGAAAAGCCUACGAGCGUUGGUUGAUGAGCAUAAUGGGCAGUGGAGGGAGUUGUCAAAUUUGUUCAAUAUUCCGGAUCCUCGUGUUGAUGACCCAAUUUGCAGCCGUCCAGGCAUAUUGCAUGGUUUGCCGGCUGCGGCUGGCUGGCCUUGCAAUAGCAACAGAAAGACGCGGGACGGCCUCAAGAUCGUCGGCAGUACAGGGUGCCUCUGAGGUUCCCUGUUGUUACAUACAAUACAUACAGAUAUAAACAAACAUAC